AUGACCAACGUCACUCUUACGCGCCCAACCACCAACGCCCCCCCCACCCCCCUGCCGCCGCCCGACCUCUCUGAGCUGGCGGGGCUGCCAGAUGGCAUGCAGCGAUUGGUGCUCAUCGACCGCACACUACAGGACAACCCGCCCGCCCAGGACCAGGCUAACCUCGAGGCACUCAGCCAGCUGGCAGGCAUAGGCAUCUCCCCCUCCGCGCCGCCCUUCUCCCCCGCCGCCCUCUCGCCGCUGCAGAGCACCGCGCUCGCGCAGGCGUACGCACUGGCGAAUGUGACAAUAAGGGGCGCGUACGCGCUCAUGCUGCUGGGGGUGAACCGCUCUGUUGUCGUCAACCGCUGGCUCGCUGACACGUCGCUGGGCUACUACGGCGAUCGCUUUCUGUUCAGAGCGGCCUUCUCAUCCACAGGGGGUCUGGGAGCGCUGCCCGCAUCCGAAUCGCUCUACUUCUUCACCUGGCAGGGGCCCUUUGGCCUGCGCUACGACGGCUCCUCCGCCAACUACUCGCUGCACCUCUCUCCACCGCCCGUCACCGCGUGCGGCUUCUGGUCGCUCACAGUGUACAACGCGGACGGGUUCCUCCCCCCAGGCAUGUGGCGGAACAGCAUCGGGGAUCGCACCAAGGGGUUGGUGUUCAAUCCGGACGGCACACUCACUGUUCCCAUCCAGCUGGCCGCGCCGGCCAAUGCGAGCCUGGGGGCCAACUGGCUGCCGACACCGAAUGCAACGUUUUCGGUGGCGCUGCGGGUGUACUGUCCCUCGGAGAGUGUGCUGAAUGGGGAGUGGCGGCCUGAGGCCGUGCAGGUGGUGUGA